UAGCUGAUUUGUAUAGCGCCUUUUGAGGAUACAAAGCGCAUCUAUUGCUACUUCGGAUUUAGCUCGAGAAACAUCUCUAUCAGCAAUGCUCAAUUUAAUAGUACAUGAAAGAAAUUAAUCCGAAUUCUACCAAUUGAUUUCACCUGGGUGGAGUGCAGCACAAUAUGCGUUGUUAAGUAUCUUGCCGGAGGAUAGUGAUUAAAGCAUCUGAUAUUCAAAGUAUGUAGAAUGCUAAAUUGCUGCAUGGUACGUAUUGUUCCUGAAUACUAUGGACGAACACUUUCCCUGACCCAUGGUUCAUUAGUUACGACAGCGAUGCCAUCGCCGAAGGGCUUUGUACUUAACAAUGCUAGCGUGUUUUCACCAUCGCGACUGCGACGGAUACUACAACAUAGAAAGUCUAUUGAAAAUGUCUGUAAAUCACGAUGAACAGCUGAGAGAUGAAGUGAUAGUUAUCAUCAUGACAAAUCUUGUACUCAACCAAAACAGAAACCGUUCUUUGAGGUAGACGUAGAGAACGUCACAAGAGUCUGUUCAAGAUGUCUCGGAUGGCUCUAGUGUGGUUCGCUGCUGCAAGUAGCUGCAUCUUUCUGCUCUCCAUCGGAUCAAUUUGCGCAUCAAACUCAGAUUCGAACCUCGUUGUCGAGACAACAUCCGGAAAGGUCCGAGGUGCGAGAAAGAACAUUCUUAGCAAAGAAGUAAUUACCUACCUUGGUAUACCAUAUGGUGAAGCUCCAACCGGAAGUAGACGUUUUAAGAAGUCUACGAACAAGACCCGUUGGGACGGUAUUUUUGACGCGUCCCGCUAUGGUUAUGCUUGCUACCAAGUGGUGGAUACUACAUACCCUGGAUUUCCCGGAGCGGAGAUGUGGAACCCAAAUGUCAAUAUGAGCGAAGACUGCCUGAAUCUAAACAUCUGGGUACCAGCAGACAGACAGAAUGAAUCCUUACCGGUAAUGGUGUGGAUAUUCGGCGGAGGUUUCUUCGCCGGUUCUGCAUCGCUUGAUGUAUACAACGGAGAGGUGUUAAGUACGACUGAAAAUGUUAUUGUAGUAACGAUAAAUUAUCGCGUUGCAAAUCUUGGGUUCUUAGCUUUGGGUGGGUCUGAUAAUAUUCCUGGAAAUGCAGGGCUGUUUGAUCAGGCUUUGGCCAUCUCCUGGAUCCACAACAACAUCGCUUCUUUUGGAGGCGAUGUAUCGCGGUUGACGUUGUUUGGAGAAAGCGCAGGAGCAGUGAGCACCAACUUACACAUGUUCUCACCAAUGACCAAAGACCUUUUUACGCGUGUUAUUCUGCAAAGUGGCUCUUCGUUCGCUCCUUGGGGUGUCAUCACAGCAGAGGAGGCAUUGCGUAGAGGUUUACUCCUUGCUGAAGGAACUGGUUGCUACACCCCUAACGGGAUGCAACCCACUCGUGAAGAUAUCACAGAUAUCAUAAACUGCCUGCAAAGGGUCCCACCUGAAAUCCUCAUCGAGAAUGAAUUUGUUGUGUCUGGUACUUACAUCUUUCCUUUCGUACCGGUAGUUGAUGGUGAGUUCCUGACAGAGACACCGACGGCUGCAAAAAUUACAGGAAGCUUCAAGGAAGCAGAUGUCCUCCUUGGAACGAACACCAACGAAGGAUCAUUCUUUAUGGUAUAUGACCUCCCGGGCUAUUACGACAAGGACACGGAGAGCCUGAUUAACAGAACUCAAUUCUUUGAGCUGAUUCCUCGACUUUUGCCUGAAAUGAACGAGUUUGGUCGAGACGCCAUCGCAUUUCAGUACACGGAUUGGCUUGAUCCUGACAACCCAGCCUUACUGAGGGAUGCCACGGAGCUGUAUGUUGGCGAUUACAAUAUCAUUUGUCCGGUUCACGAUUUCGGAAGGUUUCAUGCAAGCUCGGGUAACAAGGUCUACGCAUAUCACUUUGACCAGCGAGCAGCCAACAAUAUGUGGGGUGAUUGGAUGGGCGUUAUGCAUGGGGACGAGAUCGCUUUUGCCUUCGGUCAGCCUCUUCGGCCAGGCCUCGGGUUUUCCGAAGGUGACCAAAGAUUGAGUGAGAAGAUGAUGACUCUUUGGGCUAACUUCGCAAAGACAGGCAACCCGAAUGGAGCGGAAGAGAGUGACGACAUCCCGGCUGAAGAUGAUAAAUGGUUAUUGUUUGAUCAGGACAAUCAGAAUGUGUAUCUACUGAAGGAUACCACAGUGGACCACGCAAAAACGUACACAUGGGACCGAGCUAACUACUGUGCGUUCUGGUCGGAGUAUGUCCCGUUUCUCAACACACAGACAGCUAAUAUUGACGAGUCAGAGCGGCAGUGGAAGGAGGAUUUCUACCAAUGGAGCACCAAGUACAUGGUGGAUUGGAAAGCAGAAUUCAACCAUUAUCUCUACAGCAAGGAUUCUGGGUGCCCCAACGACGCAUACUCGGUCAACGAAACCCCAUAGUGUAGGUCCAUGGUAUUGUGAGAAAACGUGUAUUUUUUACAUAAGUUCAAAUAUUUUAUCUGAUGUUCAGAGAGUCAUUUCUACAAUCCCUAGAAAAAAUGAUGAGAUGACGAGAUACCGUCAUGUCUACAUCCCGUUUAAGAGAUGAUCAGAUGACAAGAUCUUCUAUCUCGA